AUGCAAUAUUUUCGUAAACAUAAAAAUAAUUUCUUUCAGUCUACAACUCCCUCACCACCAUUGGAACAGCAUCGAACAACCGCUACAAACUGUAAAAGAUCUGUUUUUCGAGAAUUUCUAGCUGCAGCCGGUACAACAACUUCACAAAAUUCGAGAAAGCCUACAGCAUUAUCAUCAAUAGAUAAUGAAUUGCAAAUAUAUCGUUCAAUAGCAAUGUGGGAAAGUACUGAUGUUCUUGAUCAAGAAAAACCUCAGGAUGUAUUAAAAUUUUGGCUAACAAAUAGUUAUCAAUUAUCUCUACUCGUUCAAUUAGCCAAACAAUUUUUGUCUGCUCCUGCAACAUCUGUUCCGAGUGAAAGUUGUUUUAGUAUUGCUAGCUAUUUACAUCGAAAACAACGUGCACGGUUAACUCCAACAAAUCUCAGCUACUCUAUGUUUCUCAAAGACAAGUUUGGUGGUUACAAUCAACAUGCAUAG